UAAAACGUGUUGCCCAUGGCCGCUGGCUGUGAAGCCGGUCCUCUGCAACUCUCUCUUUAGCAGCCCCCUGUCAUGUCUUCAGUGUUAAUAGACGCGGUUCUCUCCAGCGCUCCAGACUAUGACCGCCUCUUCGAGUCCUUGUCCUGGCCGAGCGAGUCGUGUCCGGCGCCGGAGCGGGUGGAGGCGCUGACUGCUGUCAUCUCCGGUCUCGGUCCACUCCUGGAGGACUCGGACUCGUCUCCGUUUACAUCCGAGAAGAGACGACACAUUCAGGGUAAAAUCGAGUCUGUUAUCUGGACGCGGUGCCUGCCUCUCCUCGGCACAAUAUCGGCACAAGAAGCCGGUGAAGCCGCGAGGGGCAGCAGGGAGAAAACGGCUGCUGCCUGCCGGCUUCUGAGCGCCUGCGUCCCGCUGUGUGACGAGGCUGUACCGGGGCGAGUGGCUCGGUACGUGCUGCCGUGUCUGCAGCGGUCAGAGGAGGAGCCGGGGCGACUCAGUGUGGAGGUGUCCGGUGAAGUCAUGGCUGCCCUCGUUCCAGCCCUGUCAGCGGAUGAGCAGCUCACCCUCAGCACCGUGUCCGCUGCCGUGUCCUGCGUGAAAACCCUCCCCGAUGCGCGGCUCUGCAGGGUCACGGUCCGGCUGCUCCUGACGCUGCUGACCUGCUGCGACGGUGCCGGGAAACAACGCGUCCUCCAGUCGAUCCUGGACGACCUGAGCUGCUGGCACCGCGCUGACCGCACACCAGUGGUCACAGAGCGGGCCCUGCUGUGCGUGACCGCCGUGUCAGACCACCUGCUGGACCCUCACAGCCCCGACUCCCCCUCUGGUGAGGCCGACCCUCGUCUGCGCGUCCAGUUCUGGAGGAUGGUUCAGGACGGGCUGACGCACCGGGACAGCGUGUCCCGUAAGAGGGCUUUGUACCUGCUGAAGAUGUGCGUGGCCCUGUCGGAGCAGCAGCAGGUGGACUGCCCCCUCUCUCCAUCAGCUGAAGGUGAGGUAUUGUUCAAAUGGGCCCCAAGCAGGAGCGGGUUGCUCAAGGAGUUCUGGGAGGACUACGCUCUGGUGAUGGAGACCCUGGAGGAGAACCAGGUCCAUGUCGUCCGGCCUGUUCUGAACAGAAUAGACACGUUGAUCCAAACAACACUGAAUGAUAGUCAAGGUCAAGGCCUCUUCCACCCGUCCUGGCUGCUGUGUGUUUACCAGCGGAUGUUCCACAGUGAGAAUAAAUCCUUGAUGAGAGAGGGAGUGUGUCACCUGCUCGAGCUGCAGGUCCUCGGACAGCCGGCCUUCGCUUUGGCCUUUUCUCAGUUCAUCGUUGGGCCUUUGAUGGAUGUUCUGUCGGAAACAUCACUCUUCCACAGGUCAGUUGGGCAGAGUGUAGGAGACUGUCCUGAGCUGGGGGCUAAGCUCCAAGUCUUCAUGGUCACCUUCUUCAGUAGCCUACCACUAGAGAACAGAGGUUGUGUGUUGCUGCAGCUGAUUCAGCAGCUGGGCUCGAAGCACUGGUGCGCCGUGCCCCUCCUCUUCCUCUCCCAGGCUCUAUCAAAGCUCCCUCCCAGUCCCGUGCUGGGGAUCGACGGACUCACAGCUCUGAGGGAGGUGCUGUGCUGCACCAUGAUCACACAUCAACCGCUGUUAAGAGGAGCAGCCCAGUGCUUCCUGCUGAACAGCGCCCUCUCUUUCACAGACGUGAGUGCAGUGAGCUUAGAUGACUUCUUUAGUUUCCUGAUGCAUUUCCGUGCAGACGAGUCACUGUGUAGAGGGACGCAGAUCUGGAGUCAGGUGUGCGUAUGGCUGUCGAACAACGAAGGCAGUUUCAAGCCCAGGAUUGUGGGUGACGGUGAUUCUACAGGUGCAGCCUCAAAGAAAGAAACUGUCAGACGCUACGUUGAAGGCGAGAUCCAGGCGUAUCUCCGAGUUCCAGCCAGCACAGGUCAGACUGAGAUGUUACCUGACUCCAAAGAGGCAGACAAGUUGGCCAGGGCCUUUCUGCUGUGUGUGGACAUGGAGAAGAGUCAGCCAUCCAAAGAGCUCAGUAAAACUCUGGAGUCAUUACUCUCGCCUCUGCUGGAAACCCUGAGCAGAGUCCGCACCAACAUUUACCUUCCUCUGCGCAAGAGCGACAAGAGCCUGCAGCUUGUGCUGCGGCUGCUGCAGCUUGAACGAUCACCAAGAAGUCAGGCUGUCGGAGGAGAGCAAGGCGAUAGCGUGAGCGUUGCCAUGGAGAAGCUCAUUUUUCAACUUGCGGAUCCAAUCCAGGAGUUUAUCUUGAGGCGGCUGUGUGGGGAGCUGCAGGAGCUAUUUGACGUGGAGCGGGCAGACCUGUAUCUGAGGGUCCUGAGGCAGCUGCUGGUCAUGUCUCAUUCUGAGCCCCAGUACCACCAUAAAGUCCAGCAGAGUGAUUUCUCUAAACUCAUUAAGCACAGCCUCAGGGUCCUGCAAGAAACGAGCUCGCAGAUCCCAUCGGUGGAACACCAGGUAGCUAAGGCGGUUGCUAUGGCAUCCCUGGCCACGGUUUGUGAUCUCAUGGAGCAGGAAGUGAUCGACAGGAGAUCAGAGGCCAUUUCUGCUCUGAAAGAUCUGAAGGACUUUUUCUACACUUCACCUUCUUCUACCUCCCAGAGUCCGUCGUCCCUGGGAAACUUCAAUGUACGCCUGCUGAAACCACACACAGGAGACUGUUCGAGUGAUCUGGGUGUGCAGGGGCCUCUGCUGCAGGACUGGGGACGUGUCGCUGCCAACUUCAUGCGGGACCAGUGGAUUUGUCUGAACUUCCUGAUUAAGGCUGUUGAGAUUUCCGACAGUACCAGAGCACCAGACGCUCUCAAAGCCGCUCUGAGCUGCAGCAUGGAGGCCCUGGCACUGCUGCCCAGCAACCUGGUGCUGCCUGUGCUCGCCUUCAUGGAGACAGUGCUGCCACAAUUACUGAUGGAUGAGGAGGCGCUGUGUGUGGAGGCUGUGACUCUGAGCUGGGAGCUGGUGCAGGGACUCAGCACGAAUGCCCAUGACUUCUGGCCGGCCCUCAGAGGCUUCGUCUCAUUGGCUUUCCACCAGAAUGUGCUCCUGCUGUCACACACUCAGGCUCUGACACUUGUGGCCACGUUGAAACAGAUUUCCACUGAGCUGAUCGAGCUGUCUCAGUCAAAAGUUGGCGUGUUGGGAGUCCUGCUGCAACACUGCUGUCAGACGUGGCUGCCCACAGACGGCGGCAGGGACCAGGAUGACACAGCGUUUUGUAGCGUUUUCAGCCACAUGGACAUUCUCACUGAGGCCUGUGUGUAUGGACCAGUUUUCAGGAGAGACCAACGACUCGUACAGGAUGUUCAAACGUACGCGGAGCAGCUUGGUGAAAAUGUCGUAGUUACAAGUGAUAACAGGGAUGAUCAGUUCCCCCGCACAUGUGUAUUGGCGUUCCUCAGCCGCCUGGAUCCCUCAAACCCGCAGCAUGAAACAGUGAUGGAGGAUCUAGUGAUGGCUUUGUUGAGAAAGGAUAACGACAUAUCGAAGUCAAAAGUGCGUUACUAUAGCAACUCCCUGCAGCAUCGUGUCAAAAACAGAGUGUGGCAAACGCUGCUGCUCUUACUGCCCAAACUCAGAGAGGACUUUGUCUCCACUUUGCUGAACCAUGUCUUUGAAGCUGGAUUCUGCAGUAACCAAGCUUCAGUCAAGUACCUGAUCGAAUGGAUGAUGAUUCUAAUCCUCACUCGACAUCCACAACACAUGGACCGAUUCUGGGCCUGUUUCAACACGGAUCAAGAAAAGACCAAGACAAGCAUCUGCACCUUCCUGUCAGUCCUGGUCCACUUCAACAUCAUCAUUCCUAAUCUUAAGGACAAGGCAGCGCAGUUGCGUACAGCGUUGAACAUCAUCCUGCAGUGGUGUUUCAACCAUAACUUCAGUGUGCGCCUGUAUGCCUUACUGGCCCUGAAGAGGGUGUGGACCUUGGCGGAGGAAGGGAUAGAUGGUUUGGGGGGCCUGUCCGCUGUGAUCAAGACCUGUUUGAACCAGGCUGAGGCCAUGCAAACCACUGGAAACGCCAACAAAAACUGGAAAAGGAUCCAUGAGCACUUCUUCUUCGGUGCCUUUCACCCUAUCAGAGAUUACAGCGCUGAGACCAUAUUCUGCACCUUUCCCAGUCUGUCGGAGUUGGCUGACGACGAGUGGAUUCCAGCGUGGAAGUUUGAGAAACUGACGUGUUUCCCUGACACUCCAUCUCUCCCUGUGAGAAAUCCUGUUCAGGAUCUGAACCAGCUCCAGCCAGGAGACUGGAUCCAGCAGGACAAAACUGAGCAGGAUAAGGAGGAGCGCUGGGCCGAGGUGCAGAAGAAGAUCACUCCCUGGAGGUUGGGGAUCCAGGAGCAGGAGCCCGAACUUCAGUUGGCUCCCCCGCAGAGGGCUGCUCGACUGGGCAAACUGCACGGCGCCCUGCUGGUGGUGGCCUCGCUCAUAGACAAACCCACCAAUUUAGGAGGUCUGUGCAGGACCUGUGAGAUAUUCGGUGCCAGUGCUCUGGUUCUGGACAGCCUCCGCCACGUCGGGGACAAACACUUCCAGGCCCUGAGCGUCUCGUCUGAGCUCUGGCUUCCUCUGUUAGAGGUGAAGCCCUUGGAGCUGACUGACUUCCUGCAGGUGAAGAAGAGCGACGGGUACUGUAUUGUUGGAGUGGAGCAGACCGCCAACAGUCAGAGUCUGCAGGACUAUCAGUUCCCUGAGAAGACUCUCUUACUUCUUGGCAAUGAACGGGAAGGUAUUCCUGCCAACUUGCUCCAGAUGUUGGACGUGUGUGUGGAGAUCCCCCAACAGGGGGUCAUCCGCUCCCUGAACGUGCACGUGAGCGCGGCCCUGCUCAUCUGGGAAUACACACGGCAACAUCUCGCCUCUGGUUCAGCUGAAGUCGACACCAAACGCAGCUGAAGGAGAAACCAGCAGUGCCGCCCUGUGGACCUGUGAUGUCUGACCUCCAGAUGUUGACUGUGCUUGAUCGUCUGUGGUAGCGGGCGUAAGCCCAUCAGCUCGGGGACGUGAAGACGCUACAUAAUGAUUAAUGGCAGGCCCGUAAGGAUUUUCAGAUUCUAUCUGGACAGGGAUCUCUCAGGUUUAAAUGUGGUCAGCAGUCAUCAGUGCUGUGCUUGUGCCUUAAUGAGAGUCAUCACUUCUGGUUAUUACAGUGAACUAUUCCACUGGGCCUGCUGUCAUGUUAAUGCAGCCAGUCUUUGUGUCUCUAUCAGCAGCAUAAAUGGAAAUCUCCCGCUUUGAUGAGGAAGUGUCUUGUUUAUGUGAGCACUUAUUAUUCGCCUCGAGCACCAGGACUGGUUCAUGAUGUCCUUAUCCAGCAAAGUAUCACACAUUGCAUAUAAAUACUGCAUUUGUUUGUAGGCUUUAAUACAUUUCAUCUCAUUGUCAAUGUUUUUAUUGGAGUUUGUGGUUUUAAAUUGCAAACGGUCUUGUUUUAUACAGUUGAAUAAAUAUAAGCUCAUUCUUUGUUUUA